AUGGCACUGAUUGUGGUGAUGACCAUGAAUAUCUAUGGUGGGUUCCAAGCUGAUGGUCUCAUCCUCAUCUAUAUUAGAGAAACCAGACUCCAACGAGUCUUAAGUACUACAACCCCAAACAAAGCUUCACAAGCCUCACUGAAACAUGCUCCAUAUAUUCCUCUUGCUCUCUUCUUCUUCUCUUCCUCUUCCCCUUCUCAUGGCGCCGUCCAAGAUUUCUGUGUAGCAGACUUCAAGGCCCCAGAAGGCCCUGCAGGCUACUCCUGCAAGAUGCCCGCGAAUGUCACUGUUGAUGACUUUGUGUUCAGCCUUGUAAAGGCUGGUAACACCUCUAACAUCAUCAAGGCUGCUGUGAGUCCAGCUUUUGCAGCUCAAUUCCCAGGGGUAAAUGGGCUUGGGAUUUCCAUUGCACGUUUAGAUCUUGCACCUGGUGGUGUCAUCCCAAUGCAUACUCAUCCUGGUGCAUCAGAGGUGCUAGUGGUGGUUCAAGGCUCCAUUGUUGCUGGAUUCAUCUCUUCUACUGCUAAUACUGUUUAUUUGAAGACACUCAAGAAGGGUGAUAUCAUGGUUUUCCCACAAGGGUUGCUUCAUUUCCAGGUGAAUGCCCGUGGGAUUCCAGUCAUUGCUUUUGUUGGCUUAAGUAGCCCAAGCCCUGGUCUCCAAAUACUGGAUUUUGCAUUGUUUGCCAAUGACUUGCCUUCUGCACUUGUGGAGAAGACAACAUUCCUUGAUCAUACUCAGGUGAAGAAGCUCAAGGCUAUCCUUGGUGGUACUGGCUAAUUAAUCUCUCUCUGGAGAAUGCAGAUCCCUCCUCCCCUUCCUCCUUUUCUUCUUUCCUUCUUUCUGCUAAAGCUAAGCUACUAAAGAUUGUUUUAGUGUGUUGUGGUUGGUUGGGUAGUUAUUAAAUUCAGAUUCGGGAAUUAUUCGGAUUAAUGCAUUUCAUUAAUUCAAUGAUUCGAUCAAAAUAUUGGUCAAAAAAGCGGAGAUAAUAAAAUUCGAGUUUGGAUUUGUGAA